AGCAGUGCAAAGAAACUCGUGGAGACACUAACUUAUUGGGGAUGGACAACAUUAACACUACUAUUGACAUUGGUGGGGCAGCAAGUGGUUUGCCAAGUCCUGGUGACUCCAACAGCAAGCGCCUCAGGCACCGCAAAUACUUACCUCAGAGAUGGAAGUGUGAGCCCAGAGGACCUGCCAGGACUGAAACACAGAGACCUCAAACAUUGUUCUGGAGACCUUGGCUUUUGAAAUCCCAUAAACCAAAGACCCAGGCCCAUCCAUAUGCCAGAGGCUUGCGUGAAAAUCCUCAAGAACAGAAGCCUGUGGAGUACAACCAUCCUGUGAGAUUAUUUUGGCCCAAAUCAAAGUUAUUGGAUAAUACCUACCAAGAGGCAGCAGAUUUGCUUAGAAACUUUCCCGUUCAAGCCACAAUAUCUCUCUACAAUGACUCGGAGUCAGACACAGACAAUGAAGAGGACAGCAGUGAGGAGGAACAAGACUCUGGAUUUGAAUCUGAAUAAUAGUCCAUCACAUUAUUUCACACAAGAACCAUUGGACUAGAGAUGAAGAGCUUUGCAGCCACUUGUGUAUAUCUAUACAUAUGUACACAGGUAAAACAGAAGCUUUCACAAUGUCAUUGUAAUGAAUACAGUCCAGACUUUGGCUAUCAAACCCCAGCAGUUCAGUAAUUGUUGGUCCCCAGAUCCGAAAAUUCUGCUUUAACCUGAUUUCUGGCUCAGCUCAAAAUGACAUUUUUUGGGGGUCACAUUAUUUAUAUAAACUAGGGCUGUCAAAUUGAUGGCCCUUAAGGCGCUACUACACAACAGUUCUCUGUGAGUGAAGGGCUUUAGGAUAGAAACAGUAAUAUGAAGUGUUACUGUCACCUUGCUCUAUUAUAUCUUCUGUUUGGCAGCCCCUAUUUCUUUCAAGAGGCUAAUAUCCUCAUGGCUUUUACAGGAGCUGCUACAAUGGGUUUUCAUAAUCCUACUACAUUCAUUUCUGCUGUGUAGUAACCCAAUAUGGAGCUCAGUGCAGUUCCUUACAUAUACUUAUACAUAUAUUAUGGGGCACAUUUACUUAGCUCGAGUGAAUGAAUAGAAGAAAAAAUACUUCGAAUUUCGAACGUUUUUUUUGGCUACUUCGACCAUCGAAUUGGCUACUUCGACCUUCGACUACGACUUUGAAUCGAACGAUUCGAACUAAAAAUCGUUCGACUAUUCAACCAUUAGAUAGUAGAAGUACUGUCUCUUUAAGAAAAACUUCGACCCCCUACUUCGCCAAGUAAAACCUACCGAACAUCAAUGUUAGUCAAUGGGGAAGGUUGGUUACAGGUAAUUUUGGUUACAUUUUGUAAGCUAACAUGAUAUAUGUAUAAAUAUAUAAAUACAUGUUCAAUUAUUUUGGGCAUCAUAUUGCAUAAAUUAUCACUUGUGUGUAAAGCUAACUAGUUGAGAAUAGCUGCACAGAGAAAUGUCUAUUAAAUGGAACAAUAGAUAAGUGGCGCUCAUACAAAAGUACCAUGUGGAUUGACCCCUGUAUAAACACCUUAAUGUUACAUAUUGAACUGCCACGUGAAAUGUAUAAUGAUGAACUUCAACUGAAAGAUGAAGUGGGGGCUUAAAGCAGGAACGAUUCUCAAUCAGCACUUUUCUUUUAAAAGAAUGGAAGCAGCAAGAGUAUGUCUGCUCUUCUAACGAGAUGUGUGAGCAUCGUUCUCCAAGUGAUAUGUGAGAAAAUGUGAAGCACUGUAUGUAUACUGUAAAAAUGUAAGAUAUUAUAGAUAAGUGAUAUAUAUAUUUAUUUGUAUGAUAUGGCAUGGCAUUUUUAUGAUUUAUUAAUAAAGUUAUAAUGUUAAACAUU